AUGUUUGUGUUAGUGCUAGUUGUGCUACUUGGCAUUGUGUAUGUAUCUUGCUGGUGGAAACGUUACCCUCGUUCACCACCAAUAUACCCUGGACAGUUACCGAUCAUUGGACACGGGUAUCUGUUUCUUAAACACCGCAAUGAUAUAUGGGGUUUCUUCCAAAGUGUUGCCGAACAUGUGUUGGAAAAUGGAGGAUUUUUUCAAUUCCAUUCAGGCCCUUAUUUAGUUUAUGUUGUGAACGACCCGGAAGCUCUCACCACCAUAGCAAACACAUGUUUGGACAAACCAUUCUUUUACGAGUAUAUCGCCACUAUGAUAGGAAACGGAUUGAUAACUUCAGAUGGGCUUAUUUGGAAGAAACACCAUAAGCUAUUGUAUCCAGCGUUCAGUCAGCAAGUAUUGAACACAUAUCUAAAUGAAAUGAAUACACAAGCUCAACGACUUGUCUCACAAUUAGCAAAAGUGGCUGCAAAGGGACCAGUUGAUGUCACAGACUAUUUGACCGAAUAUAUACUAAGAUUAGUUUGUCGAACGUCCUUAGGGCUGGAAGCAAUAGACCAAGAUAUGAUUGACAAUAAGUAUGCAAAAAUGGUUGAAGAAAUGGCAAAUAUUGUUGUUCGUCGCACUUUGAGCUUAGGUUUACAUCCUUCCUUUGUUUUCAACUUGACCUCAAUGAGAAGGAGACAAGAAGAACUACGUUUAUACAACAAGCAAGUUAUUGAUCCUAUAAUUCAAAAACGAAAAUCUGACUUAACAUCAACCAAAUAUACAAUUAGUGACGAUGUGUCAGUUUCAGGUAAAUUCAAGCCUGCGCUAGACCUGAUGCUGCAUUUAUCUAAUGAACAAUACCUUCUCUCUGAUGAAGAAAUCAGGGCGCAUCUAAAUACUUUUGUGGCAGCUUCUUACGACACAACUUCAGUAGCGAUGCAAACUGUACUGUUGGUGCUAGGCUCAUACCCUGAUACACAGGAUCGAGUUUAUAAUGAGGUUCAAGAUGUGUUUGGAAAUAAUGAAAACUUGACAAAACACGAUAUGACAAAACUUGUAUACUUGGAAGCAGUAAUAAAGGAGGUAUUGAGGGUGUAUAAUGUACUUCCUAUGAUUGCGAGAAAUAUUGAUACUGAUAUUGUGCUACCGAAGUAUACAUUACGAGCGGGAAGUAUAUGUAUCCUGUCACUUUACGGCCUUCACCGUCACUCCUCAUGGGGACCAGAUGCAAAGGAGUUCAACCCGGAGCGAUGGCUGAAUCCCGCCACUUUACCUUCUACUUCCAACGUAUUCGCCCCAUUCGGUAUUGGCAAGCGAAUUUGCAUCGGUAUGUCAACCUGAAUAGCUUUCUCAUACAUCACACAA